AUGGAUAAAGCGGUACUUCUCCUGUCCAAGGCCCUCCAGGCCCUCCUCUUCGGUCAUUUCUUGGACAACUCGUUUCGCCCAGCCGAACUCUGUGACCUGGGACCAGUUCCCACCCAGGCGCAAGGAAAGGCGCCACAGAGCGUUAGCCAGAAGGCAGUGGUUCCUCCACAAGACAGGAAAGAUCUCCUUGACUGCGGCGUCUUUGAUCCGAGUCAGGAGAACUAUUUCCAAACACCAUUCGAGGGACGCCGUGCGGCCAAAGGCAAAGGGAAAUGGAAAGGCAAGGGAAAAGGCAAAGCCAAACAGGAGCAAUCGGCAAGCACUUUUGGAUCAGGCAAAAGUGGUGCUCCUUCUUUGCCCUCCUGGCCUGUGUGGAACAAUCCGGAAGUUGCAGCAUCGCCGUUUCAAACGGCUCAAGCCAGCAAGAACAGUACUAUGCAAGAGAUGGCUGUUCACCUUCGUCAUGCUUACAAGGACUCAGAGCCGCCGGCAGAUGUGCAGGCAUUUCUGGACAAAGCCGACAAGGAAUACAGUCGAAACAACAUCAAGUCUCUGCAAGCUGCCACGAAGAGCUUAGAUCAUGCUCAAAAGGCGUUGCGAGAUGCAGUCAAUGCCAAAAAAGAGCACCGCCUUCAGUGGACCAAGCAUGUGGGAGAUGGAAUCAAAGUGUGGGAAGCCCAGCUCGAAAGCUACAGAGUGCACCAGGCAACGUUGUCGGAGCACGCUGCAAGAGCGAGAGCCGAAAUAGAAACAUCAAGAAGGAUUUUGAAAGAGGUCAGCGACAACACCGUCAAGGAAGGGAACCUCUCCAUUCCGCAACCUAUCCAAGAAGAAACGGAGGAUGCGAGUUUGGACAAUGCAGUGGACUCCGAGGAGCUGAAACUACGAGAUCAGUUGCAGGGCGUUCUGAAUGCAUGUGCAGGCUCCUUGGGUAUCCAUGUUGCUGUCCCAGAUCAGCAAGUGCAAGAAGUCUCCGACGACGACAAAGAGAAACCUCCACAGCACAAGCGUCCACGUUCUGUGGACCCAUUGAGGCCCGGCACCAAGCAGUGA